AUGCCGGUAGACACACUCGAGCCUUCGCAGUCCCAGCUACACCCUGCCUCCCCACUGCCUGCUCCUUCUCCUUACACUGGUCCGACCAGAGGUCUUGCUGAACGUCAUGAGCCUGCAUCUCGUCCUGCGUCGCCUGUUCGUGCUGCUCGCACUAGUCUUCGUGGUUCGCGUCAGCGUCCUACUUCUGUCCCUGGCACGCACCAGAUUGCUCUGCGUCCUUCCACUGCUCUGCAGCGUGUCCCUCUGCCGUCUCCUCCUGCGCCCUCUCUUCCUGUCGGCCCAGACCAAGAGUCUGACUCCCUUCGUGCUGCUAGUCCUACUGUCACGCAUCUCCUAGCCACUGUUGUCACUGACCCUUCCUUUGAGUCUACUACUGCGUGUGCUCUUGUUGCUAAGCUUGUCGACGUUGCUGCUCGUUGUCGUCUAGACUACGCUGCUAGUCUUGUUCCUGAGUCUGAGUUUGUCUGUCCUCCGUUCGUCAGGGGUGAGUGUGCCCUUAGUACGGACGUCCUUGAGGACAGGCAGGAGGAGUUCCAGUGUUUUGCUGCUGCUUUGCCUCAUCUUGUGUCCAUGCUGCUUGCCCCUGAGGAAGACCCGGAUGCACCAGACAUUCCGACUCCGUGCUCUUACGCAGAGGCGGUUGAGGGUCCCUAUUCCUCUGAGUGGCAGACAACCAUGGACGCAGAGAUGGCUUCGUGGAAGUCCACAGGCACCUACGUUGACGAGGUUCCCCCACCUGGGGCGACCAUUGUCGAUGGCAUGUGGAUUUUCAGGGUGAAGCUGCCGCCGGGUUCUCCACCUGUCUUCAAGGCGCGUUACGUGGCUCGAGGCUUCAGUCAGGACCAGGGAGUUGACUACUUUCAGACCUUCUCUCCCACCCCAAAGAUAACCACUCUUCGGGUACUACUGCACGUCGCUGCUCAGCGUGACUACGAGCUUCACUCUCUUGAGUUCAGCACAGCCUUCCUACAGGGCAGCCUGCACGAGGAGAUCUUGCUGCGCCGCCCACCUGGCUUCACUAGGUCGUACCCUCCAGGUAUCCAGUGGAGCCUCCGACAACCAGUCUAA